CAACCCGAACGGUCAGCGUCAAGUCGGAGGAGUAUCAUGUCAUCAGCGCCUACGUUGUCAGACACACUGUCAAUUACUCAAGCCACAGGUUUAGUGACUCAGAGUUCCUUGAACCUGAUCAAUACCUUGGAUAUACCAUUCUUCGCCGUAGACGGUCGCUCUCAACUCAGCUGAACACUUACUGUUGGAUGUACAGCCCGAACUCAUCUGUUUUCGAUCUCCCGUUGCAGCCAGACAGUACAAGGACAACACAUGAAACAUGGGACCGACACGAUACAUCCCUAGUAACCGAUGACCAUGACUGUCAUUUCCAGAAUCAUGUGUCAGACGCAAGUUCGCGCUCAAAACUGUCUUUCUUGGUGAUAUCCGGUGGUUCGGGCGGGAACACCAUAUGCGCUGCAUUCGAAAAUGCAUGCUACGUUCUUCCGGUCUCGGACGACGGUGGAUCGUCCAGUGAGAUAAUCAGGGUACUCGGCGGACCAUCUAUAGGUGACAUCCGCUCAAGGCUUGUCAGAUUGAUCCCUCUGGCUCCUUCCGGUUCGCCUCUCGAUGCCGUGCGCACUCUUUUGUCUUAUAGAUUACCCUUGAACGCGUCCGAGAAUGAAGCACGUGCUGAAUGGCGGGGCAUCAUCGAAGGUCAAAGUCCUCUGUGGUCGGGCAUCCCGAACGACCGGAAGGAAGUCAUCCGAGGUUUCCUGGUAUACUUUGAGAACGAAGUCCUCAAGCGAGCACACAAACACUUCUCCUUCUUGAAUGGAAGCAUAGGUAAUUACUUCUUGGCAGGCGCGCAGGGCUUCUUUCGGUCCUUGCCGUCCGCAAUAUUUUUAUUUUCUACAAUAACGAAUAGCCAGGCAAACAUUCUGCCAGUCAUUGUGACGAAUCAUAUCACGACCAUUGCAGCGGAACUGGAGAAUGGCGCGAAGCUGCUGGGCCAAUGUGGAAUAUCGCACCCAGUAGCUCCUGCAGUUUCCUCUGACUCAGAGCUGCUGUCCUUGGAUCCGCUAUCUCCCAUCGAUGGAAUAGGCGAGAUCAUACCGCAGAAUCGGUUUAACAUUAUGUACAGUCAACAAGCCAAAGAAGGCGGAUAUGAGCCUCUCCAUUCUCGAAUAUGCAGACUCUACUAUAUUAAUGGGUAUGGCCAUGAAGUGUACCCGAAACCAAACCCUCAGUUUAUCAAGAAACUAUCAACUUCGGAAGUGUUGGUGUACUCAUGUGGAUCUUUGUGGACGAGCAUCAUUCCCUGCCUGGCUCUCCGCGGCGUAGCAUCUGCGAUCGCGGGAUCUCGGCUCCUACGUGUCAAAGUGCUUCUUUUGAACGGCAGUAAUGAUAGAGAAACAGAUGGAUACACCGCCGUCGACUAUAUCAGAGCUAUCACCUCGGUGUUGAAUUCGCAAUACCCGCUAAACGGACUGGGAAACGCUCCACCAUAUCCGAUAUCAGCAUUCAUCACGCAUCUGGUAUAUCUCGAGGGGACAAAGGUAGCAGUAGACGUCGAAGCAAUAACAACACUCGGUGUGAAGUGUAUUUUGGUUGGGAAAACAUUCGAACGUGCGCCUAAUUCUGGGGUACCGCAAUACGAUGCUGUUAUAGUUCAGCAAGCUAUUGAGGAGAUUUUAUCAGGACAAUAGUUGAUGAAUUCACACAGUGUAUUCUCACUGAAUUAUAUAGACAGAUCGUUGCUGUACAUCAUGUCUCUGUGAUCUUUCUCAGCGUUUCCUGGGAUUUGUCUUGUGCCUGUGUGAUGUCAAAAUCCAAAAACCGCAACCUCCGACUUGUGCUCAUUGGUGGUCUUAAG